AUGCAGUUUGCUCGCCUUAGUUUCGCGCUUUUCAUUUUGUCGUCGGUGUGGGCAGGUGCCGACAACUGCUGGUACAGUUUUGGCUCCGAUUCUCGAGUUUUGACAUAUUCAUGCCAGGACUUCGACAACGGAGGUGUUGUUUACACGUCUUCCCUAAACCAGAGUGGUUGUCUUCGAAAUGAUGAUGGCGAGCUUUUGUUCCAGAAUGGCGGAGGAGCUGCCUGCACAAAUUGCUUCGAGCAAGCUGGCGCAGAUGAGGAUAUUGAUGGGACGCCUAACUUGUGGUGCCACCACAGCAACUGUCUCAACGUUGGUUCCAGCACCGGCUACAUCUAG